UCGAUUGUGGAUCGUGAGAGAGAGAGACUGUAAAUCCGUGAAAUCGAGGCACAGAGAGAUAAGGAAAGAAAAGAAAAGCGAGAAGAUCGAAUUAAUAAAGAAAGGAGGUUCAUCAUCACCGGUCGGCGAAUUUAAUUAAAUUUAUUGCGUAUCGAUCGUGAUAUUGGUUUGAUUGUUUCCUGGAGGUGAUCGUAAACAGCAUGACAGCAUUGAUAGUGUCUACUAUCAUUGCUCUGCCCGUGUUGGCUAACGUCUUGCUGGCCGACCUCAAUCUUCAUGGCACCGUAUGUGGCGAAAAGAUCUGCAAUAACUCGGAGUACUGCAGCCCCUUUGAUAUGCAAUGUAGACCCUGUGCGAUCGUUUGUAACGCCACGAGCCACAACUAUCAACCAGUGGAAUGUACGAGAGACUGUCAACUUUAUCUUCAUGAUCAGCGCUACGCUCAACAGAUGGAUCAAGCAAGGCAGUACGAUGAUCUCAGAGACGAGAUCGAGAAGCUUAAAUAUAGGUUCGUGAUCACAACGACAUUGACCUGUUUCUCACUGUUUGGGAUGUUAUACCUCCUGGGAAGGACCUUAAUACGAUGGAAAAGAAUUCAGAAUUCUUUACAAACUCUAUUCAGGAGAAAUCUCAAAGUAAAGGCGGCCAAUAAGAACAGAGUGCAGGACGACGUCGAGGCCGCUGUGAACAAGCAAAACGGUGGUCUCAAGUUGACUAUACCGAGCAUAAGUGCCACGGUGGAGGCAGAAUCCAAGAUCGAGAACAAUAAUAGCAGCAGUAAUAACAGUAGCAGUAACGGUAGCAGUAACACUAGAAGUAACAAGAUUAGCACACCGAACACCGUGAGUACGUCUCUCUCAAGGCGAUAUGCCAGCGAGGAUACCACUCUCGAUUACGCUUACGAUAAUCCGGCGAUGACACCGAGCCCGGAAGCUGCGCAGCUCAAGAUAAAAGCUCGUGAGAGCUCAUUUUAACACCAGGGACUUUGGACAUUUAACAUCGAUAGGAAUAUGUACAGAGAGUUACUCGUGACUUUUCUUGAAAACUUGAGUACUUCAAAUUUAAAAGAGCAUUGAGAAAUAAAUAUUCGCUUGUUUUAAAACUAUUGCUAUUUGAAGUUUUAAAAGGGAAGUUGAAGAACCACGUGAUGAAAACAAUUUUGUGAUAAUUGCCUUUGUGGAAAAAAAAAUAUAUAUAUAUAUAUUAACUAGAAUGUAUUGAGGAAAAGAGCUGCCUUAUUGAGAAUAAUUCUAACUCGAAUAAUUCUAACUUAAGCGGGCAGGAAAGUGAAAAAAAGGAUGUGGCAAAGCGUAUAUGUGUGGAAUGUGACGUGGCUAUUCUUAUUCUAUGAAUAGCCAUCUUGAGAUGUUUCGUAAGAUUUUUCACGUUUUUUACAAACGGUUUUUCAAGAUGCAUUGUUGUUGCAUAUUGAAUACAUGUAACAGUGAGCAAUCGAAUGCGAAAUCAUUCGAUGCCACUUCUUUGUCUUUCUUAAAUGCUCGCGCGACUUUCAAUGUAAGUUAAAUAGUUUCUAAGUGUGACAUUUAUAACUGAUAGUUCCACGAAUAACCACGGUCUCAUAGAGAAUAAUUCUGUUUCUACAUAAUUUUUUUGCUUCCUCAUAAUUACUGAAUCAUUAAAACGCCAAGUCAUGACACGAAUGAUUUGCUGUCAACAGUAUUUUUUAACGGCUCGGUAAAUCGUACGCAUUUGCUUUGUGACUUAUUCAUGGAUUAAUUAUACGUCGAAUCGAAGAAAUAAUAUUCGAAAAAUAAUAUUUAUAUUCGCUCUUACACUAAAUGUUGCCCUAAUAAAUUACUUGUACAGCU